CUCUAGCCUUUCCACUUGUACACACAUCGUAGGACGCACUGCGCUUGCUCAUUUGGCAUGUUUGGCUUAUUCUUUGUUGGCCAUUCUGGCCCCAUCACCUCGAACCAACUCACACAAGUAGACGCGACGCACUGGGUUCUAGACUGUGCCCCUAUAACCUCUAACUACACAGAUCUAAAGGAGGUCGCACUCUUCCUGCUUCCCGGCACUGUCAUCGACCCCAACUCGGCGCUUGGGCUAUACGUAAAGGCAGGAGCUUCCGGCCAGUGGUCAUACCGUGGAUGCGUACACAAUGGGCACCCUAGCGAGGUGAUGCCACUGCAGUGGCCAUUGAACGAGGACGGUAGUCCGGUCUCGCCAGCCGUUGGACCCAUCCAAAUCGGAGUGUCAGUUGAGCCUGGCGAGCAGAUAAUCCAGAAGGAGGGUUCUAAAGUGGGGGCCAAGGAGGAAUUCGCAAAGCGAGUUGGGCUGGACUUGUUCCGGUUCUUGGAAUCCUUUCAGACGCAGCAGAUGGGGAACCACAUCGUCGUCCCUGCGGACGCGCUAGACAGGUGGUUUGUGCGCUUCUCAGAGAAGUUCAGGCGCGACCCUGAUUUCCUAACGCGGCGCAAGGAAACCUUCUGAGCUGCUUGCCGUACAACCCCGCUGGAAGUUUCACGGACUUAAUGAGCCGGCGGCUUACAUAAGAACGUUGCUAUUCUCCCUGCCCCUCAAAAUGAAAAACGAAAAACAGCACAAGAAGCCAGCAUCUUUACCAAUCGGUCGUCCUAGCAGCGGCAAGAAGCAAGCGAACAACCAGUCGACGAAGGUCCGUAAGCAGUCGACAAAGCACACGGAGCCAGCACGGCCGGCCGGCCGGAAGCCCUCAACCCAAUCCCCC